AUGAAACCCGCCAUCCGCCCCAUCCUGCUCCUGGCCCUGGGCUCGUUCGUCACCUAUUCUUGGGCAACCAGUAUCCCACAGCAACAACACCCCUUCGUACCCCCAACUGCCGGUGACAGCCACAGCCAAGGACCCGCCAUGACGAUUCCCAAGACGAACCCUUUCCUCUCCUCAAGCACCAACGCCGUCAGCUCCACGACCAUGGCCCUAGCCGAUCUCUUGACCCAAUCUCGUCGCACGUCCAUCUUCUACGACUACUGCCGCGACGUACCUUCCGUGUCGGCAUUGCUCAAUGCGCCACCUUCACCUUCCAAGGAGACCCUGCCGACUCUACUCGUCCCCCUCAAUAGCGCCAUCAUCGCCAUGGCUCACAAGCCUCAUCAAACCCAACCUAAGACCGAUUCGAGGUCCCCCCAGCUCCGAACCGAGCGCCAACUCGAGGACGAAUCGAACGCGUAUCUCUCUCGCUGGGUCCGGGCCCAUGUCAUCCAGGCAGAGGUGCAGAUUGGUCCCGAGGGAUGGCAAGACAAGACGUACGAGACGUUGGAUCACUCGAGCGUACAGUUCGCACUUCGUAAGGAUGAGACGACGAACGAGGAACGUGUCGUUAUCAUCCCGGGUCAGAUCGAGGUCGUCGGGAUGAGUCAGGUACGUUUCGGAGUCAGAGGCCGACCCGGCAAAAGAGGCCAACGUACGAGCCGCUAUUUGUGAUUCUGACAUCCGAAUAUGCUCUCGAACAUAGGCCAGCAAUGGUAUGAUAUAUUACAUCGACGGAACGCUCAACGUUGGUUCCGUAUAG